AUGCUCUUAGCGUUGCUACUGCUGUCCUUGGUCUCUCGUCUGAGGGCACGACCGGCUGCGUGUGAUCUCGACGGCAUUCAGAUUGAGCAUGGAAGUGCUACGUACUUAAUAGGACAGACUCAUCGACCGGGUAGCAUAUUUGCACGGUGUGAGAACGGAGUCCCAACUUGCUUUGAAGACCGUGGAUUGGUGGAUGCACCGCAGUGGAUCAACAAUCGAGAAGUCAAAUGCUCAGAAGCAUUACAUCGUCGGCGACUAGGCGUCGCAAUUAUUCUUCAAGAAGAUAUUUGGCCGGAUCAUAUUGUGUGGUAUCGAAUAAGCGGUUCGUUUUCCGCUUACGAACUCGAGGUGAUCAAUACGGCCGUGGAAUUUUACAGAAGAGUCGACGUUAAUGUGUCUUUGCAAGAAUGUGAUCCAAUUACAAAAUGCAGAGGUAAGUAUGUGAGCAUUGAACAGAACGAAGACGCGUGCUAUGGUAUGGUAGGGUACGUAAAUGAUGGAAAACCACAAAUCAUGAACCUUGGUGAAACUUGUUUUGAAGGUGGCCCUGGUAACGUCAUCCAUGAGAUUGGCCACGCUAUGGGACUAUACCAUGAACAUACACAUCCAAAUCGAGAGGUGAUUAUUCUGACAGAUCAAAAUUUGCCAGUUUCAGCUGAAAAUUAUGCCAAAAAAAACGAUCAAGAGGCCACAUUUAAGCCGUACGACCCAAAAUCUAUCAUGCAUUACGGUCGCACAGCAGGUCUUUGCUUUCCAAAGGCUUAUUAUCCAAUGAAAGUUUUUUGUGAUGUGGAGAAUGUCAGAAACUGCAUCCAACCUGUUGAGCAGCAUUGCAAUUCAAGUCGAGAUGCUGAGAUUGGAACACGUGCUGUUUUUAGUGCUGGUGAUGUCAUAACUCUACGGGCUCUUUAUGGCUCAUUGAAGAAAACGCCGGCGCAUGAUAUUAGGAUUCCAACGGUAGCUUCCUCAAAGAGUACUCAUGGAGCGGAUACACCCCAAGUGCGAUUAACUGAAACAAGUUACAAACCUGGAGAAGUCCAUAGCAAAUGA